UUCCCUUCUGUCUGGCUCAUCAGGCAUCAGACCGAACCAGAACCAGAGCCAAAGCCAGUUUCGUAUGACUGUCGUAGGGGUGCACAGGCUCCGUGUGUGUGUACGUUACGUUAUCUAUUGUUUACUACGGCUUCACGGUUACAUUGACUGACUUACACGAAAUGUGAACUAAACUUUAUUUAUUUGUGUUUAUUUGUGCACACGUGAUAAUUGUUUGUGAUUGUUUAUUUUUUAUUUUUAAAAAUGUCUGGUCUUUAUUUUGUAUUUUUUGUGUUCGUCUUAGCACAUGUGGUUUAUUCAAACGAGGAACCAUACUUCAGUGAGAGUCCUAAAAAUGUCGACGUAGUGCAGGGUGAAUCCGUUACUCUACCUUGUAAGGUGACACCCGGAAUAGGGAUGACGUACUAUUGGGAGCUCAAUGGUUCUAAAAUAGCCAACACAACCCGCCGAUACCAGCAGGGUUCCAACCUCCACAUAACACGCGUGGACCGCGAACGCGACUCAGGUCAGUUCACCUGCAUAGCAGAAGAGUCUUCAGCCAGCCGUUCCAUCACGAGUUCAGGGGCCUUGCUCAACAUUCAAUGGAUAGACGAAGUGGCCGUACAACUGCAAGAACCCGAAUCAGCUUCGUUUAUAUCACGAGGAAGUGACGUAACGCUCAGGUGUCACACAGAUGCUUCCGGAGAUGUCCACUACGAAUGGUUUCGCAAUUCCGACCGCCUCAUAAAGAACGAUAGAGUGGAAAUCAAGAAAAAGAGACUUCACAUCAAGAGCGUAGGACCUUCCGAUAAUGGCAUAUACCGGUGCUCAGCUAAUAACACAGCAGGAACACGUCACAGUAACGUAAAUUUCGCUCUUGCGGUUGCAGGUGAUCAGAGUGCUUUAAUCCAAGUGGUUCCAAAGGACCAAUUAGUACGUAAAGGUGGGACGGCGUAUUUCGAUUGUCAGUACUCGCAAGCUGAAGUGACUCAGUGGUACUUCAAGAAGGAUACGAGACCACUAGAAAAUAACAAAAAAUAUGUUAUUCAUUCUAAUGGUACUCUUCAAAUCAAUGAUGUUCAUGGCACGGACAAAGGAGUUUAUAGUUGCGUUGGGAUCCGCAGCGAGUCCACCGAAGUGCCUCAGACUUACAUUGCUGAAUUAAAAAUUGCUUAUUUGAAAGAUUUUACAUCCAAGUCCUUUGAGCCUCCAUUCCCGGACGAGUCCAGGGAAGUAGUAGCAGCAGAGGGAAGUCUGUUCCAGUUAUCAUGUUUAGAACCCGACAGUUUACCUCCGGCAAAGAAAUGGUGGUUAAACAUAGCAGGGCAUACAAUUUCUGAUUCCGGCGAAGUGAAAGUGGACGACGAUGGCAGAUUAAUAAUAGAUUCGGUGAAAAUGAGCCAGGCUGGAAACUAUACCUGCGUAGCGGAAAAUAUGGCGUCUAAAACUGAGGAAACUGUUGAAUUAAUCGUCCUAAGUAAACCUGUGAUUACCUUACAUCCCUCGAGUGUAACUGUUGACGAGAAUGAUCCGUCAGUUUUAACGUGUGAUUACGAACCCAGAACACAUUUCACGACAGUAAGGUGGAGGAAGGACGGGAAAACAAUGAAGCAUGAUUUUAAUGAGUCUCCGUUGGAUCGUCAAAGGAUUAAAAUUUUUAAACAUAACGCUACGCUGCUGAUACGAUCAACUGAAACGCAGGAUCGAGGAGAAUAUGUGUGUGAAUUAGUAACGAAGGGUUUUGAGCCCGUUCUGUCGCAGCCAGCCACUAUAUCUGUGAUUGAACAACUGAAGUUUGUACCUCCACCCGUAAAUAAGAAACUGGAACUUUUAAGUGUAGCAAGAGUUCACUGUAAGGCUCAAGGAACACCACCGCCAAUCAUCACAUGGGAAAAAGAUGGCGUCCCGCUCGAAUACUCCGACUCCCGUAUUAGUAGCAUGAACGGAACUCUUAUAUUCAACAAAGUAUUAAAUGAAGAUAAGGGAAAAUAUACAUGUACGGCUAGUAGUAGCCAAGGAACAAUUAAUAUGACUAUCAACAUUGAUGUUGUCGUGGCUCCAAAAUUCAGUGUCCAACCUAAAAACCCUACAGAAGCUACAGAGGGUCAGUCAGUCACUAUAGACUGCGUGGUUGAAGGCGACCCCAAACCCACAAUCCACUGGGACAAAAAUUUAAAAAUGAACGAUUUCGAUCAAUCACGAUUUACUGUUUUGGAAAAUGGUACUUUAUUCAUUAGUGAAGUUCACAGAGAUGAUGAGAAUAAGUAUGGAUGCACGGCGGGUAACAGCGCUGGGCUGAACAGACAAGAAGUACAACUAAUUGUUCACUCACGAGACGGUUUCCUACCAGAAGGUGACUCCACGGUGACCAAAGCUGUGCUAAUUACGAUGUCUGUUGCUGGAGCGUACAUUGUUUUAGUAAUCGGUUUGAUGGUGUGGUGCAGGUACAGAAGAAGAUCAAGAAAAGUUCCUGUCACUGAUGCUGCAAAAACCGAAAAUGGCGACUUAGAUCAUGCCGAACUUAAAGACGGUGUGAAUGGACGUUGUGCUGGCACGUCAAAACUCGAAACGAACGGUAUUGAAUCUUUGAAAGAUGGCCAAAAAAGUGACGGAGCAGAAACUACACACUCUCAAAGCUCAAGUCAAUCGAAAAAAUCUAAAUCCAACUAUGAUAAAUUAGCUUUAUCAAGGAGUCACCUCAGAGAGACAAAGUUGAUUGGUCGUGGCGAAUUUGGAGAUGUAAUGGUAGCCAAAAUUUCAAAAAGUGCACUUUCAUCUGAGAAACGGAAUUCGCAAGCCAGUACACCGAGUUCGACUGAGGACAAAGAAUUAACAGUAUUGGUGAAAGCACUAACCCAAACCAAAGAUGAAAAUUCUUUGUCUGAAUUUAAAAGGGAACUCGACAUGUUUACUAAAAUGUCGCACGACAAUGUAACGAAAUUGUAUGGUUUAUGUCGGGAAGCAGAACCUCACUACAUGAUCCUUGAACAUACAGAUUGGGGUGAUUUGAAACAAUUUUUAGUUGCUACUCAGAAGGGAUCGUCACCUCCGUUAACACCAGUUCAGUGUGUGGGGAUAGUUCAUCAGCUGUGUCAAGGUUUGGACCAUUUGGCUUCUACUCGUUUAAUACAUAGAGAUUUAGCAGCAAGAAAUUGUCUAGUCACUUCCGCUUUGAAAGCUAAAGUUGGUCUUCCACGACUUACUAGAGAUCCUUACAGUCAAGAAUACUGUAAACAUAUGAAUCAGAUAAUUCCAUUGCGGUGGCUUCCAUAUGAGGCAGUGUAUGAAGAUGAAUAUUCUACUAAGAGUGAUAUUUAUUCUUUUGCUGUUGUUGUAUGGGAAAUAUUUAAUCAAGGCGAAUUACCUUUCUCUAAAAUGAAUGAUACAAGCUUUCUCAAUAAGCUAAAGGAGAAAAAACUGGAAUGGAAGCCUCAUUCCUCAACCCCAGAAUCUUUACAGAAGUUACAAGAAAACUGCUGGGACAUUAAUCCACAGAAUAGGCCGACAUUCUCCGAAUUAGGUAAAGAAAUCGAAGACAUACUUAAGUCCAUGUAAAUAUUUUAUUUAUUACAAAACGAAAGUCAUAUAAACCAAAUUUAGAAUAUGAAAUUAAUAAUCAUAUAAGCUUCCAGUUUAUUGAAAACAAAUAUUAAGUAUUAAUUGCAAGAUUGAACGCAAAUUGUGUCUUGUGUGUACUAUUAUUGUAAUUUUUUUAUUUAUAUUAGCAGCUAAGUUUUAUGAGUUUGUAAAAUUUAUAAGAUUUUUGAUCUCAAAUUAUACUUGGCUAAAAGAAGUCUAUAAAAUUGUACAUAUCAUUUUUUUAUUUAAGUAUGUAGGUAAUGUAUAAAGCAUAUCAUUAAGGUAAUUUUAAGUUACAUUAUUGUAUAUUGAUUGUCUUGAGCCACGAAGCACUGCCAAAAUACUCUUGAAGACAACGUAAUAUACAAUCGAGUACAUAGACUGUUUUACAAUAAUGGUAUUGUCAAUAAUACAGUGUAACAAUAUUUGUCAAUCAUAUUCCAACUUCAAUAACAAGUGUUCUUUGCUCAUAGCUUUUUAUAUUGCACAUUUUUAUAUAGGUACUAUUAUACAUAGUCUUUGUAGUUUUCAGGAUUUUAUUGUAGUUUGUUUUUACAAUAUUCAAAGUUCACAUUGUACUAAUGUAAUAGCAUGACAUUAUCAGAUGUACGUUAUAGUCUAUCCAACGCUUUUAUACGCAGUCAAUGUAGAAAAAAAUGUAAAGCCUAACACGUUAUAAUGAGGCUUUGCUGAUACCAGUGUUUCUCAACUAGAUGUGGACAAUUAAAAACCAGUGUUUUGACUAUGAAAAUAUUCGAACUUUUUUUAAUGUACCUAUACAUGUUUGUACUUAAAUGAUAAAUGUACAUUAUUAAAAAAUAUUGUUAAUUAUCCCAUCAAAAUGUAAUGCGGACUAUUAUUAAUGAAUUACAUUUGUAUGAUACAUGAUCUGUCCAUAUAUUUUAGUGACGUAGCUUUUUAUAAUGAUUUUAUACCGUAUUGUCCAUUUUUAUAUAAUUAUGCAUAAUCAUCUCUUGUGAUACGUAUUCUAAAAUACAAAAAUAUACCAACAAA